CCGAACAAUUUAAAACCCCGACCGAUGAGUCUCUGUUAUUGUGGAUUCAAAAUCAGAAGAAUCGGCGCGAUGGGGACGAGGCAAAGGGACUUGAACAAGUCCUUCAACCUCGCCAUACGUUCUCUCCUCGCUCCUUGCUCUUUUCAGGAAUUCUGUGAAGCGCUGCCGAGUUUCACAGCUGCUGAGCAUGAACGUCUUCACAGGCUCUUUACUCAGGUCAUGAGUUCUUUGCAUGAGAAUGUAGAGGACGAGUUUCAGCAUAUAUGUCUCGAAACACAGGUUGGAACUGCAAUGGAUACUGUAGAGCAACUGGUGGAAGAACAAAGUCUGGAUCCUUUGUUUUCAAAUAAGACUAAUGUAAUGGAUGUUGCCCACGAUCUGUCAAGAACAACAAAGAAGGAGAUCCAGUACUUGACAGAGAUGCUUGAAAAGGCGGAGGCACAGAAUCACCUUAAGCGGGAUCGUAUUGAACUGUUAAAGAAAGGAAGACCAGAUAUGUCGGACAUGGCAAAUGCUGUUGAGAAGUUGAGAAGUGGGAUUUCAAGUUAUGGAAUGUAUAACAGCAAUGGGGUCCAUGAUUCAUGACUGCAGUCAGCAUGUUGAGGAAACUGCUCUUGUGGAUAAGCCUAUGUGCUUUUGAUUUCAAACAUUAGAUGUUUGUUUGGCAUGUACUUCCAUAUAAUCAGAAUGCUCAAGUUCUAAUUGUAAUAUAGGGUUGUAAUAUAGGUCUAAAAUGCAGAUCUAGGAUCUUAUCUUUAAGGUUUUUGUUUCUUUUUUUAUUUUGGUUAACAUCUGUAGGGUUUUUGUAUUCUUUGUGUAAGAUGUGUUACUAAGUAUGUCUUAUUGUUCUUCUGUUAU